AAGGGAGCUCCCAGGAGGAGCAGAUCCCUGGAGGAGGAUUCCUCACUGCAGGAAAAGAUGGCUCUGCUGGCUCACAAUGAGUAUGAGGAGGACAGCUCCGACGAAGAGGACAUCCGCAACACGGUGGGUAACAUCCCCAUGGAAUGGUACCAGGACUUCCCCCACGUCGGCUACGACCUGGAGGGCAAGAGGAUCUACAAACCCAUCCGCAACAAGGAUGAGCUGGACCUGUUCUUGGAGAAGAUGGAGAACCCUGACUACUGGAGGACAGUGCAGGACCCAAAGACAGGGGCAGAUCUGAAGCUGACGGACGAGCAGCUGGAGCUGGUGCAACGGCUGCAGAAGGGGCAGUUUGGGGACGUCCACUUCAACCCCUAUGAGCCCUCCAUUGACUUCUUCACGCACGAGGUGAUGAUCCACCCGGUGACCAACCGGCCUGCAGACAAGAGGAGCUUCAUCCCCUCACUCAUUGAGAAGGAGAAGGUCUCCAAGCUGGUCCAUGCCAUCAAGAUGGGCUGGAUCAAGCCUCGGAAGCCCAAGGAGGAGACCCCAACGUACUACGACCUCUGGGCUCACGAGGACCCCAACUCCAUCCUGGGCCGGCACAAGAUGCACGUCCCAGCCCCCAAGAUGAAGCUGCCAGGGCAUGAGGAGUCCUACAACCCCCCUCCCGAGUACCUGCUCAGCGAGGAGGAGAGGCUGGCGUGGGAGCAGCAGGAGCCAGAGGAGCGCAGGAUGAGUGUGGUGCCGCAGCAGCACCGCAGCCUCAGGGCAGUACCUGCCUUCCCUCGCUUCAUCCACGAGCGCUUCGAGCGCUGCCUCGACCUCUACCUCUGCCCGCGCCAAAGGAAGAUGAGGGUCAACGUGGAUCCCGAGGAGCUCAUUCCCAAGCUGCCGAAGCCUCGGGAUCUGCAGCCAUUCCCGACCACACAGGCCCUGGUCUACCGUGGGCACACGUGCCUGGUGCGGUGCAUCAGCAUCAGCCCCAACGGGCAGUGGUUGGCGUCAGGAUCUGAUGACGGCUCCGUGCGGUUCUGGGAGGUGAGCACCGCUCGCUGCAUGCACGCCCUGUCCUUCGGGGCAGUGGUCAAGAGCCUGGCCUGGAACCCCAACCCCUCCAUCUGCCUGGUGGCCAUCGCUGUGGAGCAGACAGUGGUGCUGGUGAACCCCUGCCUUGGGGACAAGCUGCUCUAUGGGGCCACGGACCAGCUCCUGGCAUCCUAUGUGCCACCGGAUGAGGAGCGAGUGCAGCCAGUGCAAUGGGUACCAGCCACGGCCGAGCAGCACAGGAAAGGCAUCCGCCUGCUGCUCCAGCAUGGCAAGGAGGUGAAGCAGGUCACCUGGCACGGCAAAGGGGAUUACUUGGCCAGCGUGGUGUCCGACAACAGCAACCAGCAGGUGCUGAUCCACCAGAGCAGCAAGCGCUGGAGCCAGGCCCCCUUCCGCCGCAGCAAGGGGCUGGUGCAGUGUGUCCUGUUCCAUCCCAUCCGGCCCCACUUCCUGGUGGCCACGCAGCGCUACAUCCGUGUCUACAACCUGCUCAAGCAGGAGCUCACCAAGAAGCUCAUGAGCAACUGCAAGUGGGUGUCCAGCAUGGCCAUCCACCCCGGGGGUGAUAACAUCAUCUGUGGGAGCUAUGACAGCAAACUGGCCUGGUUCGACAUGGACCUGUCCACCAGACCCUACAGGCUGCUGAGGCACCACAAGCGCGCCCUGCGGAGCGUGGCCUUCCACAAGCGGUACCCACUCUUUGCCUCAGCCUCUGACGAUGGCACCGUCAUCGUUUGCCAUGGGAUGGUUUACAAUGACCUCCUGCAGAACCCGCUGCUGGUGCCCGUCAAGGUGCUCAAGGGCCACGAGCUGACGCAGGACCUGGGGGUCCUGGACGUGCUGUUCCACCCCACACAGCCUUGGGUCUUCUCCUCCGGCGCCGAUGGCACCAUCCGGCUCUACACGUAACUGCUGGGGCCAACCUGGUGCAUCCCAAUCCAGCACAUCCCAACGGAGCUCAUCCCAACCCGGUGCAUCCCAGCCGAGAUCAUCCCAACCUGGCUCAUCCCAACCCGGCGCAUCCCAGCCGAGAUCAUCCCAACCCAGCUCAUCUCAACUGAGCUCAUCUCAACCCAGCUCAUCCCAACUGAGCUCAUCCCAACCGAGAUCAUCCCAACCCGGCGCAUCCCAACCCAG